AUGUCAGUUCAAAAUUAUAAAAGACAAUUGUUGGCUCCUGGUAUUAUUGUUCAAAAACUACAUUAUGGACCUUUUGCUACUAAUUGGUGGAUGUUUCCAAAUACAAAAAAUUCUCAAAAUAAGAAAAGUACUCCAAUUCGCAUUAAUAUGAGAAUUAAAUUUGAACUCAACCAAGAAGAAUUUAUUAUUCGAGUAGUUGACAAUAAUUGGAAGCCUGGUUAUGUGUGUGAGUUAGAUAUAGAAGCUAUAAUUUACUCAAUAUCUAGUGCGGCAAUAAAUGAAACUUACAACAAACUUUUCAAUACAAAGACACGCUUUUCUGGACCAGCACUGGGAAGUUCAGAUCAAGCAGAAUUAAAUUUUAAAGGCCCUGGUUACUGUUCAUCUUUUUUUUAUAAAUAUCAUGGACAAUGCUCUUUAAUAUUCCAAUCAAUAAUGAACACCGAGUAUAGAAUAGACAUAUAUUAUCAAGAAAACAAAAUUCGAACUUAUACUGGAAAAUCCCCAGAUGAUGUUUGGUCAAAACCAGAUAUUUUGAAAAAUUAUAAUGGCAAAAAUUUAUUUGGAUUAUGUGAUCAACUUGUUAUACAGGCUAUUCAAACUUAUAUAAAUGUACCGUAUUGUAAA